CAACUCUCCCAAGACCUCUGAGAUCAAGCAGGACCAGGAACCAUGUCCAGUUCUGGGCCGAAGGAGCUGAGGAUUGUCUUCAUUGGAAAGACUAAAAUGUUGACUUCACGAAUUGAAGCCAUCCUGAAAGGAAAGGCUGCGCAGGAAGACUUUACAAUGGUUUUGGUGAAGACUCUGAUCCAAGACAGUCCAAGUCAAGUCGACGAGACAGAAAACACCGAAGUGUCAAAGGAAAUGCAGAAAGGAGCUACAGCAUCCAUCUUUUCUCCUGGUCCCCAUGUGUUUCUGUUCGUGCAAGAGUGGGAGAGCGGCUUUAAAAUACAUGACGUGGAGCGAAUGAAACUGGUUAGGGAGUUCUUUGGUGACGAGUCGCUGCGUUACUUUUUACCCUUGAUCACCCACGAAGAUGAAGAGCUGAGACUAGAGGAUAGAAAUGAAAUAAUGAGUUUCAUUGAGACACGAUUUGGGUGUGACAAAGAGAAAUGGAGUGAUAUUGAUGUUGGUAGUGAGAAAGUCCAAGAUCAGGAGAGAAAGUUAGUGGACAAGCUGAGAGAGGUGGCUGAAAACAACCAAUGGGAGUGUUACACAGAGGAAAUGUUCAAGAGGGCACAGGAAGCCCUCUGCCAGAAAAUGCAGGAAUUAGACAAGAAGGGAAGGAAAGAUGAUGUGAAUGACACACUGACCAAAUUUAUUGAGUUGGUAACUGGAGCGGGCGACUUUAGCAAGUUCCUGUUUCAAAUGCAGAGAGAGGUGUCAGACUAUUUCAGCAAAUACACGCAGAAGCUGGCUCAGAAACACAAAAAGUGAGGAUAAAAAUUGGCCUCCAUUCACAAAAGAAUCAAAGAGUUAAGAGCAAGUUAAUGAAAUGACGGAAGGAAAGAUGAGACUUUACUCAUGAACCCAAAAUGAUUGAUUCAUUAAUCCUGUUGUUAUUAAAUCUGCAGCUCGGUCAGAGAAACAAACAAGAUAUUUGAUGUUUUUAAUGCGAGUUAUUAAUCUGACAGACUCGGUUCCUCUGCACACUGAGAUCAAGACAACAAAUAAUCAUGUUUUUAUAUCAUUAUUAUCAUUUGCAUUUUGGCAGAAGUGACAUUUGGACUGGUUCAAUUGGACUCCAUCUUUUCCAGCUGCAACAUUAUAUUCUAAAUGAUUUAAUGCAAAUACUUCUCUGCUUCUUUUUCCUUUUAUUGAUGGUGAACAAGGCAUAAUGAGGAAAAGCAGGAUAUCCGUGUGCGUCUUCUGUGUGGGAAAAUUGUAAAGAU